AUGGCCCUGCACGCUCUGAAAGAGUCAAAGAUUCCAGGCACUAUCUGCCGCCUGAGCCCUCCAAGCUCGCCUUCCAGGAGGGUAUCGCAAGCCGUGACCCGACCCGCGUUCAAACCCAAGCUCCUGGCUGCGCUAGAUGCGGAACUUUCAACGGUGCUCGGUACUCAGGCUGCGCCUUCGAAACGGAACACAAAUGCCAGCAACAUGCAAAGCGCGAACGCAAACAGUCGCGCCGUCUCGAAGCCUAUCCACCCAUUCUUCAUCACCACGGGUGAAGCGUUACCGUCUGAGAUCCCAGACUUCGCUCCUACACCCAAGACAACGAUUUUGAAGUCUAACGGGAAAUCUGUGCCUGCCAAAGCCGCUGCUGCAAGUGAGAAGUUGCAAGACGCCAGCCGAUCAGAGGUUUGGGCGAAAACUGUAGCCGCGGCAGAACAAGUGAAUCCGGUUCUGCCGCUCUUCUCGUACACCGACUACAACCCUGGUCCUGCUGUUGUUUACACACGCCAUGAAGAAGAGGCUAACGAUCUAGUACAGACAUUGAAAGGGCCUCUUGGAUUUGAUCUCGAAUGGCGGGUUUUCAUGCGCCGCAAUAUGCCCAUCACGGAACGACGCACUGCUCUUGUGCAGUUGGCCGAUGAGCGGAUGAUUUUGCUGGUCCAUGUCAGUGCAAUGAAUAGAUUUCCGCAGAAAGUCAAGGAAGUAAUCGAAUCUCGCACCUUCGUCAAGACUGGAGCCAAUAUUCGAAAUGAUGGUCAGAAAUUGUUCCGCGACUUUGGAAUAAAGGCCGCUGGACUCGUCGAGCUUGGGGCAUUUGCACACCAAGCGGACCCAGCAUUCCACACCGUCUACAAGCGUUCCAUUGUCAGCCUCAUCCGUAUGGUGGAAAUGUACACAAACAAGACCCUGGAUAAGGGCAAGGUGCGUACCGGCAAUUGGGAGGCAAUACCGUUGACGCAGAACCAGAUCACAUAUGCGGCGAACGAUGCGCAUUGUGCAUUGAUGGUGUACAAGCGCCUCCUUGCCAUUGCAGCCGAGAGGAAGAUAGAUUUGGUCCCUUCCACAUAUACGUGUUCUGUCACCUGCAACUCCAGCAAUAGUACUGUGUCAUCCGCAGCCAGCACGGCCGCCGACGUCGCUGUGUCCACCUCAAGCUCCGCGAAGACUUCCAGCACUGCUCAAACUGUAAGCAGGACGUCCUCGUCAAGUUCAACAUAUAGCUUCUCCCGACCACUCGGCUAUGUGACCGACGUGCGCGAGCCCCCACGCCCGCAACACAUGAGGGCGUACAACCUCUGGCACAACAGUAACAUGCCAUUGCAGACGAUUUGCGAGACUCUUAGGAGCAAGGAGAACCCCCUUGCACAGAGCACCGUCAUAUCGUACGUUGUGUGGGCGUUGCAGGCUGAUCCAGCUCUGCCGUUUUCUUUGGAACGGUUGAAAGCCUUCGUCCAGCUGGAAGCGGGCUCCUGGAGAAGACACCGAGACUGGAUUUUGCACGUGGACUCACGCAAACAUUGA